AGAGAGAGCGAUUUUUUUUUUUACGCUUCUUAAAAAAAAAAAAAAAAAAAAAAAAGGCAGCCAUCUUUCUUAAAAAACCUCACCCUCUUUCUUGCCAACACAGUUGUGUGCAUGCAGUUUGAAAACCCGGCGAGGCUGGCAUUCCCGGGGAUAAGUUGCAAUACUUCAGAGAUAUAAUAGCGAAUGGUAUAUCACAUGCGGUGAGGAUGCCGGGGUCAGUGAGUAACGAAGACGAAGGGCAAGACGAGAUGGAUUUUGGGGACGAUGUGCCAGGGGGGCGGUAGUGAGGAAGAGGCGGCGCCUGUGUGUCUCAAAGAGCUGCAGGGGGACAGGUCGGAGAGCGAGGGCAGUGACUACUCCCCCAUCAAGAAGAAGAAGAAGAAACCAAGGGAGAAGAAGGAGAAGAAGACCAAGCGGAAAAAGAAAGACGAGGAGGAGGAGGAGGAAGAGGAGGAGGAGGAGGAUGUGGGGCUCAAGGAGCCCAAGUCCUCGGCUCAGCUGAUGGAGGAGUGGGGGCUGGAGAACGUGGACUAUGGCUUCACAGAGGAGGACUACCACACUCUGACAAACUACAAAGCAUUCAGCCAGUUCCUGAGGCCUCUCAUUGCCAAGAAGAACCCCAAGAUCCCUAUGUCUAAGAUGAUGACGGUCCUGGGGGCGAAGUGGCGCGAGUUCAGCAGCAACAACCCGUUGAAGGGCCUGUCUGCUGCUGCCGCCGCCGCAGCCGUGGCUGCUGCCGUGGAAACCGUGGCUGUGUCCCCGCCCGUCCCUCAGCCCGCGCAGCCUGGAGCAAUCAGGAAAGCCAAAACCAAGGAAGGGAAAGGCCCGGGGGUGAGAAAGAAAAGUAAAAGCACCAAGGAAGCCAAAAAGAGAGGCAAGAGCAAGAAGAUGAAAAUCAGACUGGGCGGGUUCGGGAGCAAGCGGAAAAAGGGCUCCUCGGUAAGAGACCGCUCCUUCACUCCCCCCUCGCUCCCCCCUCACUCUCCCCUCGCUCCCCCCUCUCCUUCACUCCCGGUGAGCGUGAGGGGGGAGAGAGGCAGGAGUGAGGGGAGAGGGGGGGGGGGGGAGGGAGUGAGAGGGGGGAGCGCGGGAGGGGGAGUGAGAGGGAGGGCGAGGGGGGGAGAGGACAGUGUGCAGGAGGGGGAGGGAGGAGGGGAGCGUGGGGAGCGAAGGAGCGCAGGGGAGAGGACGAGGGGGAGGGUGGAGAGGCGAGAGACGGGACGGAGGGGGAGGGGGGAGAGGAAGUGA